AUGAUGAGAAACCACACCAUAACAACCUUCAUCCUGUUGGGACUGACCGAUGACCCUCAACUUCAGAUUCCAGUGUUUGUGUUUCUGUUCCUCACUUACAUGUUGAGUAUAACAGGGAAUCUGACCAUCAUAUCACUCACCUUUUUGGACUCCCACCUCCAAACACCCAUGUACUUCUUCCUACAAAAUUUUGCCUUAUUAGAAAUUUCAUUCACAUCUGCUUGCAUUCCCAGGUAUUUGUACAACAUUGCAACAGGUGACAGGUCAAUCACUUAUAGUGCUUGUGUCAUUCAAGUGUUCUUCACAGACAUCUUUGGAGUAACGGAAUUUUUCCUCCUGGCCAUUAUGUCCUAUGAUCGCUAUGUGGCCAUCUGCAAGCCCCUGCACUAUGUGACCAUCAUGAGCAGCAGAGUGUGCAGGAGCCUGGUCCUUGGCUGUUGGGUGGCUGGUUUGUUGAUCAUAUUUCCACCACUCACCCUGUUCCUCAACUUGAAAUUCUGUGACUCAGACAUAAUUGAUUAUUUUUUCUGUGAUGCCUCUCCUAUCUUGAAGAUCUCGUGCUCUGACACAUGGCUCAUAGAACAGCUGGUGAUCGUCUGUGCCGUGCUGACCUUCAUUCUGACUCUAGUGUGUGUGGUUUGGUCCUACAUACACAUCAUCAAGACCAUUCUGAAGUUCCCUUCUGCCCAGCAAAGGAAAAGGGCCUUUUCCACCUGCUCCUCCCACAUGAUUGUGGUCUCCAUCACAUAUGGAAGCUGUAUCUUCAUCUACGUCAAACCUUCAGCAAAGAAGUCUGUGGCCAUCAACAAGGGUGUGGCGGUGUUGAUGACAUCCAUUGCUCCCAUGUUGAACCCAUUCAUUUACACUCUGAGAAACCAACAAGUGAGGCAAGCAUUCAGUGUCUCCUUCAAAAAAAUUGCAUCAUUCUCAAAGAAAAAGAUUCAAGUCUAG